CCACUGAAGUUGGUCUUAGCUUGUCUAAACCAAGCAGAUAAAGUAAGUGCAGCCCGAAACAAUCCCAGGUGACUGUGCUACACAGAUGCACCAUGCCCCCACAACACAAACGCUCUCGCAGAUAACUUUACAGGUGCCCCUCUCUCAAUGACGUUAUGACUUCGUUUGUUGCUGCAGGUACAGCUCUGGGAAGCUAUGGUGUAAUUAAAUCGCCAUAGCCUCCCACAUUCUUCCUCGGAUUCCCAUCUUACCAUUUUCACAUUUUCAUCUUCUCUAACUAACUACUUCUAACUUGUACCGAAUUGCAACAAUAACAUCAACAUCAGCAUCAGCAGUCAUCAUGUCGAUUCCAACCUCCACAUCCGUUGUUGAGUCCGCCGUUAUUCAGGCGCCACUUAGUCACGUCUGGCAUCAUAUCAAGCUCCAGAAUUUCAGCAACUUCUGGUCCGCUCUCAAGUCUAGCCAGUAUGUCAAGGGCACUAGCGAUGAGGCCGAUGUUGUGAAGUGGACUUUCAAAGAUGGCAAUGAGCUUGAAGUGAAGCAGGAGGAGCACAGCACUAUCAACCACUACAUCACCUACAGCGUCAUCACUGCCAAACCCGAGCUUACCUACUCUUCGGUUCUCUCUACCAUCCGUUGCUACCCCGUCACCUCGGGCGAAUUUGAGGGAAGCACCUUUGUCGAGUGGACCGGAAACUUCUCCAGCGAUGCCGACGCAGGUGUUAUUCAGGAUGCGAAGUUCAAGCGUCGCGAGGCUCUAGCCGACUUAGCUAAAGCUGCAAAGAGCAAAUAGAUUCGUGGUAUUCCAAGUAGCAGACUUAGGUACCUACCCUCUUCAGAAGGGAUAGAUGGAAGUACCAAGAGUGACGUCGUUGCGUCGCUAUUAAUGUAGCAUAAGUGUUCAUGGCAGAAAAAGGUGUGAUAUGCAGCAAAACAUUGGUAGCAGUAAUUGAAGACAAUGAAGACUAACGACAAACAACUCGUAACAAUUCUUUUGAAUACGAGUUUCCUUCGCCCCAU